AUGGCUACUAUCACAUCUGAACACAAAUUGAAGGAGGAGAUCCAAUCCUCCGCCUUGUCUAUCCGGUCCGAGAGCACUGUCUGCACUCUCUCCGAUGCCCAUUUCCAGUCUCCGCGCAUUCUAACCGUGAACGCACGAGGUAUCGGUGCAUUCCGCCUACCCAUCCCAUCCCGACAAACAGAAACCUUCAUUUACAACCCCGACGCCACAGAGGCAUACGUCUCCACGCGCGACAAAGUCUGCUCAGGAACAGCAGUCCUGUCCCACCCCAAACGCGGAGACUUAAUCCGAACUGAAUACUUCUUCGGUCCGAACCGAGAUCCCGUUCUGCAUCUGCUGCAAGUUCCCGAGUCCACCGGUGUAACGGUCUCUGGAAAAUGGACCUCGCGAACUAUGCAGUUUGUAAUGCCUGGAGGCAGACAAUUCGAAUGGGAAUAUGCAAAGCAGAAGCGCGCAGACGGACAGAAAGUUAAUUUGAUUGUUUUCCGCGCCGUCGAGGCGGAGAAGAGCCACAAUAGGAUCGCGCAGCUCGUCCGCGGGGCCGAUACUCGUACUCCGGGGACUUCGAAGUGUACCGCUGGGAACGGCGGGGAGCUGCAGAUCGAUGAGGCGGCGUUGCAAUACCAUGAAUUGGACGAGGCGAUCGUUGUUGCGACUUGUCUUAUGAUGCUUAAGAGAGAGAUGGAUCGUCGGAGGAUGUUGCAAUUCGCAAUGAUUGGAGGGGCCGCCGGCAGCUGA